AAACUGGGCUUUUAAACAUAUCGUCUGCUUAAUUAAAGAAUUUUAUACUUUUCAUCACGUAUUCGUCUGCCAUAGAAGAUCUUGAAAGAGAUUAAUGGAAAAGGAGAUGGAUUCUUCAUCGGUCAAGAUUCGUGCUGUAGCAUCGAUUAUCGUUGCUAUCAUUAUCGCCAUUGGCGUGAUCAUCUCAGCGGUCAUCCUUUCUCGUGGAGAUUAUGGAGGUAUGGCGAACCAAUGCAUAACAGUUGGAGGGAGAGAUCAAGAGAAAGCAAUGGAUAGUAGUAUGGAAAAGAACAUAGUGAUGACGGAAGGAAGCGGGGAGGUUGGCAAACAGAUGAUGCGAUACAACUACGACUCUAAUACGAUUCUUGUAGAAACGGCUAAUAUCAGUGGUUCCAGUCGGGCUAACGUCGCCAUUGACUUUGACAGGGCCAUAGUAAUGAUUGAAGUACAAGAUGAAUGUUUGGCUUCAUCACUGCAUGGAGAUAUGAUGAACAUGGCAGAUAGAAUCAUUGGAUUUAUGAGAACAGAUCAAGAGGUGAUCGAUAUAGCUUCAGCACGCAUCGUAAAUCUAAACUAUGAACGAAUAGGUGUCAUCCCAGCCGGUUACGUCACUCUUUCAAAUGGACCAAUCGUACGAGGGUUAUGUGCAGGAGAUGAAUCUUAUUGGACCGAACGAACUGGAAUGACAGCUGGCCAAGGCGGGCGGAAGAAACGACAGGCUUCGUCUACAUUCUCAAUCCAAAUAUGCAUUUUCCAAUUUUGUUUCUCAUUUUCCUUUUAAUCACUAAACCAUUCCACUGAGAAUCCCGAGUGGGGAACUAAUGUCUUUAUUUCUGUUAUCAAAAUAACUUCUUCUUUAUAUUUUGAUGGAUUGUCAUUAAUGGGGCCCAGUGGCGUAAGUUCAGUCUGAGCAAUUUGUGUGUGUGUGUAUGUGGGGCGGGGGUGAUAGAAAUAUAUUGAGCUGAAAAUUAAAAAAAAAAUAAUUUGUCUGCACAAGUUCAUUAGAAUUAUUUCGACCACUUUACUUUGCUCUGUUAAAAAUGAAAUAAAUUGAAAUUGAAAUAGUUGCACCUAGCUUCAACCGCUACCGCAGGCCCGCAUUGGGUGAUUGAGGUGCAAACAUGAACCUCGGGUAUAGUCUAAUACCCUGUCACACUUCAUCUUUAUCAAAAUGUUCGCAAAUUUAAACCUGC